CUCUUUUUCACAACUAUCUUUAUCAGCACGUGCUUCCAGCUUAUUCUAUGCAUUUUCAUUGCAAUUUUUAGAGCAGCACAAAACAUAAAAAUAAACAAAUGGAGUCCGGAAUAUGCUAUAUAAAAGAGGAAUACCUUGUACCCGAAAUAAAACACAAUGCUGAACAGAAAGAUCGUGUUGAGCUAGGUAACAAGAGAAAAUCUAAUGAGGAAAAUACAUCAGGGGAUAAAAAGCAACAAAAAUAUCAAAAGACCAAUAAAAAAGAGAGAAAACGUGGUCAAAAUAAAAACCGCCCGGUAUUUAAACAAGACAGUUCACUAUUCUUAUGCCAUUCGUUAAUGAAUGGUCCGAAUUUGGAAAAAUGUACACACCAGAACUGCCGCUAUGUGCAUGAUUUAGCGGCAUACUUUGCGUCCAAACCCGAAGAUCUGGGUGAGAAAUGUCCAGUAUAUGACGCUAUAGGAUUUUGUACGCGUGGUGUUACUUGCCGUUUUGCCAAAGCGCAUUUGGAUGCGGAAGGACGAAAUAUCAAGUCACCAGAUUAUAACGAAAAUAAAGCACGCACAAGUAUGAAUGGAAUAACAAACGAACUACAGGUGAGGCUUCGAAAACGUGAGUAUGAUUUUACACGCAGCAAACAACUAGUCAACCAAUCAGACAAAUUGCGUGACGAAAACAAAAAGAAAGUUGUGGCGAGUGGGAGUGUUAAGCCUCUUCGAGACAUGACUGUUGUUGAAGAUAAGGCCACUACUGCAGAAAUUGUGGAAGCAGUGAAACCACCAGACACUGAGAAAGCAAUUGGAGCAGUUGUAGAUAACUUAGAAACUGGUGGACGUGAUACAGCUAAAAAACCACCUGUUGAUUUUGCCGAAAAACUGAUACUUUCUCCACUAACUACUGUGGGCAAUUUACCCUUUCGACGUAUUUGCAAGGAAUUCGGUGCAGACAUAACAUGCGGAGAAAUGGCUUGCGCUGUACCGCUCGUUAAAGGACUCACACAAGAAUGGGCGCUUACGAAGCGACACGAGAGCGAACAUGUGUUUGGUGUACAGUUAUGUGGUAAUAAUCCAAAUAUAAUUGCGCAAGCUGCACAGCUGCUGCAAGAGACUACAAGUAUCGACUAUAUUGAUCUAAAUAUCGGUUGUCCCAUUGAAUUAAUAUAUCAACAUGGCGGUGGUAGCGCACUUAUGCGACGUACAAAUGUAUUAGAAACAAUUGUGCGUUCCUGUUCUUCAAUGUCGCUAAAAAUACCAUUUACUGUGAAAAUGCGUACCGGUGUCUACGCCGACAAGAGUGUUGCACAUGAGCUGAUGCCACUGGUGGAGGAGUGGGGUGCAGCUGCCGUGACGUUGCAUGGACGUUCACGUGAGCAGCGUUACAUGAAGAGCGCUAACUGGCAGUAUAUUGAGGAGUGUGCAGCUAAAGUAAAAUAUAUACCAGUGAUAGGCAAUGGUGAUAUACUGAAUUUUGAAGACUACAAUGAGAAGAGGAAACAAGCGCCACACGUUUCUUCUGUGAUGAUUGGACGCGGUGCCUUAAUAAAACCUUGGAUUUUCAAAGAGAUCAAGGAACAAAAGCCUUUUAACCCUACUUCCACGGAACGUUUUGAUAUCCUACGUAAGUACGUUAACUAUGGUUUGGAACAUUGGGGCUCUGAUAUGAAAGGUGUGGAAAAUACACGUCGCUUCUUGCUUGAAUGGCAAUCGUUCAUGUAUCGUUAUAUACCCUAUGAACUAUUGGCGAAUCCACCACAGCAAAUCAAUCAACGUCCACAAAAGUUUCGUGGACGUGAUGAAAUGGAAACGUUGAUGAGUUCACCCAAUUCCACGGAUUGGGUGCGCUUGAGUGAAAUGUUACUGGGACCGGUGCCGGUUGGAUUUGAAUUUGUGCCAAAGCAUAAAGCUAAUGCUUACUAGUAAUAAGUUAAGUUAGGAAAGCAAGUUGUUACGCGAAUCAUAAGAUUGCUUUAGUGUUAUACAGAUAUGUAUGUGUGUGUAUAUAUUAUAUAUAUUAAGUUUGACAUUUAUACUUGUAUAUGAACUUAUAAUUAUGUUUAAAUAUCAUGAAAUAAGCUUUUCAAAUGCUCUUUAGCACUUA